AUGGGUAGGAAUCGGUAUGAUAGUAGACGCCGUCCAGUAGUUAUUUUGGACGCUGGCUAUGUAUCAAUAGACACAAACGAUAUAUAUACAUCAUCAAAAAUAAUUGGUUUACAUGGAAAAAAAUUAAUUUGUGUUAUUUCAACAGUAUUUUUUUUGUUUUCAAUUAGUUUUAUUAAUUUAACAUGUCUUGUUUGGAUUAUGUAUAAACUUGAUUGGUCACCAUUUCAUAAAAAUGGUUCACAAAUCUUUCAAUUUGAUAAAAUAAAUCAUCAAGUCGAAUUGUAUAGUCAAGCAAUGAUUGAUGACACAAUUUAUACAACUAAAAUAGACGACUCAUUAGAUGUUGAUUUAUUAUCUGAAAAUCAGAUUGAUAUUUAUGGUGAUCAUAAUUCGAUUUUAUUUGAUGAUAAUCUAAUAUCAAUGAAUACGGAAUGUUUUCAUAUGAAUCAUGAAUCAUUUGUAGAUUUUUAUAAACUUGAAUCAUUUAAAUUUGAUGAGAACAGUAGAACCAAAAUACAUCUUGAUCAUAUCAAUUCAAAACAAAUUCAUAGUAAAUAUCUUAAUAUCACUACAAAUAAUUAUUUAACGACUACCAAUGUGAAUCAAGUUCUUUUCUCUGGUCAAAAUUUAACCAUAGAAGCAAAUAGAAAUAAUCGUCGAUCGAUAUUACGUUUUGGUAAUUAUCCACGAAGAAAAAAAUCGUUUACUCGUCAACAAAAAACAUCAUAUGGAAAUAUAGAUUUUAAAAUUGAUUCUAUAUUUCUUGAUUUACCACAAUUACCCUUAGUAGAAAAUACAUAUCGCAGUGAAUCAAGUAUCUAUCGUAUAUGUAUUUGUAAUACAACAUUUUUAAUUCUAUGGAGUUUUGCUCAUCAACCAUGUCCUCUUUGUUAA